UCUUCCAAAAUAUCACAAUCCAUCAACAUUCAACUUUCUCACUAUAUAUAUAAAAAUCCAUUAGCUUUCUAUGGCAUUUUCAAGAGUUACAUUCCUAGUCAUUUUAAUCUCUACGGUUGCAAUUGCCUCUGCUGGCAAUUUUUAUCAAGACUUUGAUAUAACAUGGGGGGAUGGACGUGCUAAAAUACUCAACAAUGGCCAACUUCUUACUUUGUCUCUUGACAAAUCCUCUGGCUCUGGUUUUCAAUCCAAAAAUGAAUACCUUUUUGGCAAAAUUGAUAUGCAGCUUAAACUUGUUCCUGGCAACUCUGCUGGCACCGUCACUGCCUAUUAUCUAUCAUCAAAAGGUGGUGCAUGGGAUGAAAUUGACUUUGAAUUCUUGGGAAACUUGAGUGGUGACCCAUACAUUCUUCACACCAAUGUGUUUAGCCAAGGAAAAGGUAACAGAGAGCAACAAUUCUACCUAUGGUUUGACCCAACUGCAGAUUUUCACACUUAUUCCAUCCUCUGGAACCCACAACGAAUUGUUUUCUCUGUGGAUGGAAGUCCAAUUAGGGAAUUCAAAAACAUGGAAUCAAAUGGUGUUCCAUUCCCCAAAAGCCAACCAAUGAGAAUCUAUUCUAGUCUUUGGAAUGCUGAUGAUUGGGCUACAAGAGGUGGACUUGUUAAGACAGAUUGGUCCAAUGCUCCUUUUACUGCUUCUUAUAGAAACUUCAAUGCUAAUGCAUGUACUGUGUCUUCUGGAACAUCAUCUUGUAGUUCAACACAAUCCAAUAAGAAUUCUUGGUUCUCUGAGGAGUUGGAUUCUACAAGUCAUGAGAGGCUCAAGUGGGUGCAGAAGAAUUAUAUGAUCUACAACUACUGCACUGAUACCAAAAGAUUUCCUCAGGGUCUUCCUCAAGAAUGCAUGAUGGUUUGAAUUUGAAAUUCAGUUUAUCUCAACCUUUUGUAUUGUAUUGUAUUGUAUUGUAUUAUUAUCUUUUCUUUUGUAAUUUUAAUUUAUAUGAUAUAUUCUUUAAUUCAUUGUAUAAGUCACUAUAAAGAAUCCAAUUUCUAUGAUACAUUAUUUCUUUUUUUUUUUUUA